CGAACAGAGUACAAUAGGGCGUGAGCGAUUGACAAGCGCAGGGCUAGCUCGCCAAGUCAAGGAUCCAGCUGUCAAAUUUUCUGGCACGGCCGAGCUCGCAUCCAGACUACGACGAAGUGGGCACGAGACGUUCCUUCGUGCGAUCAUGCGACAUGUCAACGGCAUGCGAGUGCUUGAAGCACUACAUGACGCAUCUCGAGAGACCACAACUUUUCCGAUGGAGGAACACAACCUUGCUGUCGACCACCGGCCCGGCCUUCUUUAAAGUGCCUUGCGGCUGUCGCGCAAGCUGCCAGCCAGCAGCAAGCUUCUCGCUACCACCGUACUCGACCGUAUAGCAAGCUGAUUAAUUGCCCACAAGCAAGAGCUUCCGAUGGGGGCUGAUGGCCUCGCUCUUUGACUGGUUGCGACGAGCUCGUGGCCGACAUUCGGAGCGCAGCUGCAUCCUAGCGCAUCCCUGCGACCUUGCCGUUGGGAGGAUCAAUGGCCGCAUAGGGUACUUGUCGCAAGUUGACAUAAGCUUGCUAGGCAAUGACCGCGAAUAGCGAACGCGAGGCCAAAUUGCUUACAGGCAGCAGGCACAGGCCGCGAUGACUGGCCCCGUGAUGCUUGUUGCGAUCCAAAAACUCCACCGAAUUCAAGGAGGAUCACGUAUCGCAGAAUGAUACCAGGUUGUUGGCCAUCUCCCGAUGCGAAU